AUGAGUUGUGCAGCGGCGGGUCGUGCGACAUCCCGGAUAUUCAUCUCGCACUCGAAGAACAUCUUUGCCAACCUCGCCUUCGAAGAAUUCCUUUUUCGAACGGGUCGACAUCCCCAUGCAUUGUUAUUGUGGAGCAAUCGACCCUGUGUCGUCAUCGGUCGACAUCAAAACCCGUGGCUUGAGUCUCAUGUUGAAGAGAUCGAGAGACGCGGAGUCGAUUUCGCAAGGCGCCAUUCGGGCGGUGGGACAGUGUAUCACGAUUUGGGAAACUUGAACAUCUCCUUCCUGACCCCCCACGAAGAACAUUGUCGAACCAGAAACUUGAAAUUUAUCGUCGGGGCGGUGGCGGAUCGCUUGGGGAUCCAGUUAGAAAGCACAUCACGAGACGAUAUUUUAUUGAAUGGAAAGAAGGUGUCCGGGACUGCGGCGAGGAUAUCGAAGGGAAGGUCGUAUCAUCAUUUGACACUGCUGGUGGAUACGGAUCGCGAGGCAAUGCACACACUUUUACAUUCUCCACUAGAGGAAUCUAUAACGACAAAUGCGACCCGUUCAACACGAGCGAUGGCUGGCGUUGGUUGCCUACGAGAUUCGCAGCCCUUGCUGACCGUUCCGCGAUUACAAGAAGCGCUAUUAGCAGCAUAUCGCAAAUGUUUUACCGAGUGCGAAACCGAAGAAGUUGACGUUGAUAAUUUGCUGAUUGAAGCCCCGGAAGUGGCCGCCGUCCACGACGAGCUCAUUGACUGGAGCUGGCGAUUUGGAAAAACGCCGAAAUUUCAAGUUGCCGGCCUCUCGGUCGAAAAUGGCUGCAUUGCCGACUCGCCGGACAAGGCUCAACUCGGCCACCGGUUUCAACCCGCACUUCUACGCAAAGGAAUGGAAGCUUCACGGGCAGCUAUC